UGCAAUUUUGAUAUCAAAAGCAGCUAUCUCUCUCUCUCUCUCACUCGCGCGCACACAAAAAAAAACCAGAAAAUGGCGACGAGCAGAGGGAAGAUCACAUUCAGAAUAGUGAUAGGGAUUUUGGUACUGUUAUUAUUGUACUACGUUGGCCGCCCUCUCUACUGGAAAAUCUCCGCCACCGUUCACGACAUUCGCCACAAUAAACAAACCGUCUCCGCAGGAUUUUCACAAAUUGUUCAAGCAGCGCAGAAUUCGGUGGGCUGGUUUCACGACGAGUCCGAUUCAGGAGUUCGCAACGAUCGCAUCGCUGCAGCAAGGAGGAUCCUAGCUUCUUCAUAAGGUUUUGUAAAAGCUUUGUAGUUUUGAUAAUUUUUGUUACUUUCAUGUAUUGAGAGUGUUACAAAGUGAUUAACGUUGAUCUGGUUGAAUAAAUUAUGUUACUGUUGUGGAGACUUUCACAUUUUUGAAAUUUUGGCAAUCGUAGCUACAUAUUGUACUAAUUAAGUCCAUAUCAGACUGUGGAAUGUUCGAAGUUUCUCUGUUUAUUUCGCUUAAUAUGAGUUUAAAUUUCCUUUC